UUGGCACCAUUUACACGCGCACGACUUGUCGCACGCGUCAUUGUAAUGUCGUGAGCAAUGUUCUCGGCGAGGACUGGGGCGAUCAACAAACAAAAUGGCGGAUCGUAGGCGGACUGCUACUUUGCUUAUUGUUUCAAUUAUUUUGAAACGAAAAAAAUGCAAGAGACGACAGAGAAGCAUACGCGAAAAAGACUGGCUUAAUCGGCGAUCCUCUAGAAGUGUUUACAAUGASCUAUUGCAAGAGUUAAGGCUGGAAGAUCCGCAGCACUAUCGGAGAUACCUUCGUAUGGACACGGCGACAUUUGAGAAUCUUUUGGAGAAAGUCACUCCAUAUAUCAAGAAAAAGACGACAAAUAUGAGAGAGCCGAUUCCACCAGAAGAGCGGUUGGCUGUUACUUUGCGGUAUUUGGCUACUGGAGAAUCAUUUUGCAGCUUACAGUACCAAUACAGGAUAAGUGCCUGUACUCUUACCCAGAUCAUACCAGAAGUAUGUGCUGUUAUUUUUCAAGUUUUGAAAGAUGACUUCCUGAAAUGCCCAACUUCACCUGAACAGUGGCUACAAGUUGCCCAAAGCUUCAAAGACCGCUGGCAGCUACCACACUGUUUGGGUGCGAUAGACGGGAAACACGUGAAAAUACUCCAUCCAGCACACAGUGGGUCMUCAUUCUUUAACUAUAAAGGCUUUUAUAGUGUUGUCCUGAUGGCUGUCAUAGACGCCGACUAUAAGUUUUUAUUUGCUGACGUGGGGUGCCAAGGUCGAAUAAGUGAUGGUGGUGUUAUUAAAAACACURAUUUUURGACUGCACUUGUUGAAGACACACUAGGUUUACCUGACCCUCAAGAGUUGCCAAUGUCCUCUGACAGAUCAUUCCACGACUGCUAUUCUGAGCAGCCUAUGCCAUAUUUCUUUGCGGGAGAUGAUGCGUUUUCGUUGGAGACCCACCUGAUGAAACCUUAUGGUCAAAAACAUCUGACUGAGGAAAAAAGAGUUUUCAAUUAUAGGUUGUCUCGUGCCAGGAGACUUAGUGAAAAUGCAUUUGGUAUUCUCUCGAGUAGAUUCAGGGUUUUUUUUAACAACCUUGUGUGUCAAACCAGACAACGCUGUGAAGAUUAUACUGGCAGCCAUCUCAUUGCACAACUUCCUUCGGUCUAAGGUACCAGGGCGCUACACACCAUCAGAUAGCAUCGACAUAGAGAAGAAUAAUGGUGAGGUGGAGAAAGGGUCAUGGCGUCAUGAAUGUGAGAGUAACCUGUUUGAAGAUCUGCCAAACUACAA